AUGGCAACCCGGCCUACGUCUCGCCUGUUCGCCAUUACAGGCAUUGUCGUGUUCUUCAUAUUAACACUUACGUAUUUCCGGCAGCAGGCCCCAUUGAGUCCUGAAGCGCGCGCCCCAGGCCACUUUGGCAAACCUCUACCAGGUGCCGGUGGUAUAUCGGAUAAGAUGUUGCAGGGGAAUAUCGUGAUGCCCAAAUUGGGCAAUGCAACUGCCAAAGCUGAGCUCGGGCGCGCAUCCUGGCGAUUGUUGCAUACGAUGAUGGCGAGAUUCCCGGAAAAACCAUCGAAGGAGGAGCAAGAUGCGUUGCGAUCGUAUAUAUUUCUUUUUGCAAGGUUAUAUCCAUGGGAGGGCAGAGCUGAUACUGGGGCGUCUUUUUUGAUAAGCGGUGAAUGUGCCGAACACUUUCAGCAACAUCUAAAAAAGUUCCCUCCUCAGGUUUCUACCCGCAAUGCGGCUGCCGGGUGGGCGUGCCACAUUCACAAUGAAGUGAAUAAGAUGUUGAAGAAGGAGAUCUUCGAUUGCACAAAGCUGGGAGACUUUUACGAUUGUGGAUGCAGUGACAAACAUGGAGACGCAGAGAAACCAAAGGAAAUAAAUGGGAAAGGGGAGAUACCGGCCGCCAGGCUGAAUCAGCUAACAAACCUUGGGCGUGAGUUUGACUCGAGCGUUCUUACACCUGUUGAGAUUCAUCCUGAGCCGUGA